AUGCAGGCGCACCCGGGGACCGUGAGCGCAGCGGUCCGGGAGCACCUGCGGCGGUUGUGUCUGAAGGAGUUCCCGUGCGGCACGGGCAGCUGGAAUAAGUCUCGCUUCCUCCCUCAAACUUGGCGAACAUGGCGGGAGCUGGUCCCCAGAGAGGAAGAGACAGUGAGCGCGGGGGAGGAGACGGUGGAGGCCCUGCUGGGCCUGGUCCGCAGCCCCCACUCGCCCUGGGCUCUGCCGAGUGACUCCAGCGCGGAAGACCGCUUCCUCAGAGAGCUGGCCAUUCAGAAUCCACUGAUGCUCAGCGAUGUCUUCUUCUGUUCCUACUUCCGGUCCCUGCGUGUGGUGAAUAAAGGGGUGAGCCUAGUGGACAAAGGCCUCCUGAAAUUUCCGAAGCUUGAAGAGUUGGUAUUGAGUGCCAACCGAAUCAAGGAGGUCAAAGCCAGCAAUCUGCCCCCAACUCUCAAGGUGCUGGAGCUGUACGGCAACGAGAUCACCAGCGUGGAGUGUCUGUGCGCCUGCCCACCCCCAGGCCUCCAGCACUUGGGUUUAGGCCACAACAAACUCCUCGGCCCCCUGGAAAGCCUAUAUGUCACCGCUGAUCACUGGCCCAACCUCGUCUCCCUGGACCUGGGCUUCAACGACCUGACAGACCUGCAGAGCAUGGUGGACAGCCUGCAUACCCUCCGGCAGCUGCGGCUGCUGGUGCUACAGGGGAACCCGCUGGCCCUGGUGCCCUACUACCGAGGCCUCACCGUCGACACCCUGUCUCGACUCUGCGUGCUUGAUGACAUCACCGUGUCUCCCAACGAGAAGCAUCAGUUCCGGGGGCUCAGCGUCAACGGGGAUCUCUUGGCCCACGAGGCACAGCUUGUGGUGACUAUCGGGAACAUCAGAGGAGUCCUGGACUCCUCUGUCUUGGACCCGGAACCAGGGCCGGAAGGACCUUUUAUUGCGUACAGCUAUUACGUGACCUACGACUUUGUGGAAGAUGAAGAAGGUGAAGGAAGUGAAUACGCUGGGGUGCUGGCGGAGAUCGUCAAGCCCUCGUCCAGCCCAGAGAUCGUGCCCGAGGAGUCUCCGGAGGAGGACGUUGAAGAGGCCGAGGAGUCUGUGGAGUCCGGCGGGAUGACCGAGUCCGGGGAGCUGGAGGGGUCCGUCUCAGUAAGAGGCUCGGCCGUCCUGCAGACGUCCAUCGACUCAGCGGAGGAGCUGGCGAAGCUGCGGCCUCGCAUUGAUCCCCGGCUGUGCCCGUCCCCAGGGACGGUUCUCUUCAGCACAGCCCGCAAGCCCUGGAGCGACGUCAUUCCCUGCAACUACGAGAUGCAGCACACGCUGCGGGACCUGGUGCCGCUCAAGGCCUUCCUGCUGGCGGGGACCACGGUGACCAUUGUACAGGAGAAGAUUCUCUCUUGGCCGCUGGUCGCACCUCCCUCGGAGAGUCCCUUGACAACCAAGAAAGGAAAGCUGGAGAAAGACAAGAAGCGCAGAGACGACAAGAAGCGCAAAGGGGAAAAAGAAGCUAGUAAGGAACAGAAGGGGCCCAAGAAGAAGAAGGAGCUCCCUAAGGAACUCCGCCAAGACCCGCCCAUCCUGACGGUGCUGGGCAGAGGCAUGGUGGCCCUGGAGUCCCUGCUGGCCGGGGAGUCACUAAUGUCCACCGUGUGCAACUUUGGGGUGGUCCGCACCGUGGAGUCAGACAGGCUGACCUUUGCCAGGGAGUCAAAGAAGAACAAGAGUAAGAAAGCAGCGAAAAGAGACGCUAAGAAAACCGACGUCCUGCUGAGCGAAGGCGACCACCAGCCCGAUCCGCUCACGGUGGAGGUGCAGAUCCAGCUGAACCAGUGCCGCACGGCCGAGGAGGCGCUCCAGGCCUUCUCCGUUUAGGACGAGUCUUUAAAGGCUGUUCCUACAGCGGGACCUCGGUG